AGAGAAGCAGCGGAUGGACUGAGGGCCGGGAUGGGCCGCUGCUGGGCGGAGGUGGGGGGAUGAGAGGCAGAGAGGUGGGAGUGACCGAGGAAACACAGAGAGGAAACACGUAGAGCCACAACACAGCAGCACACUCCCCGGCUCAGAGAAGCCCGGGCUCAGCUCUAGCUAGAAGGAGCGGCUGCUGCCUUCUGGAGGAUCCUGCCCGCCGGAGCUCUAUUGUUCACACAAAAGGGGGGCUUGUUUCUUCGAUUUUCAGGGUUUCCCCCAUGCUCAGUUCAGGCAGGAUGGAGGAGUUUGUGACCGAAGAGGAAGAGCCAUGGUACGACCAGCAGGACCUGGAGCAGGACCUUCACUUGGCAGCAGAGCUGGGGAAGACUCUUCUGGAGAGGAACAAGGAGCUGGAGGACUCUCUGCAGCAGAUGUACAUCACUAAUGAAGAGCAAGUGCAAGAGAUUGAGUACCUGUCAAAGCAGCUGGAGGUUCUCCGGGACAUGAACGAGCAGCACGCCAAAGUGUACGAGCAGCUGGACGGGACUGCCAGAGAGCUGGAACGCACCAAUCACACGCUGGUGACAGACAGCAAGGCUUCACAGCAGAAGAUAGAGAGACUGACAGGAACCAUCGAGACUUUGCAGAACCAGGUGGAGUCUCUCUCGGGGCAGGUGGAGCAGCUUCGCUCCAUGGAGCAGCUCCGGGUCAGGAGGGAGAAGAGAGAGCGGCGUAAGACCAUCCACUCCUUCCCUUGUCUGAGGGAGCUCUGCACAGCACCCAGGUAUGAGGAUGAGUUUGUGGUGGGCAGGGCUGAGAGUUUCUCUGUGGAUGUGAAGCCUCAACCACGUGAGGAGGAGAACCAGCAGUUGAGAGAGGCGGUGUCAGCUCUGAGAGCGGCUGUCCGCACCGAGAGGGGGCGUAGAGAAGGUGUGGAGAGGGAGUGCAACCUCCUCCUCGCAGAGUACUCCCGCCUGCAGACACGAGUCCAGGAUGCUGAGAGCUGCCAGGGAAGGGUGCGGGAGCUGGAAGUAGAGCUUCAGGAGCUGCAGCAGCUCCGUCGUGCUCGGACUUUCCUGCUGGGCGGUGAGGAUGACGGCGUAACUCUUACCCAGACUGUCCUCAACAGCACCCCAGAGACGGACACCUUCCUGGAGGUGGAGGCAGGGGACGCUGGAGGAGGCGUUAGGGAGGAACGAGAGGGCGGUGGAGGUGUGGGAGGACAGGCUCUCCCUGACUCCAGCCCUGUGAGGAAAAGCUGCAGUGACACCGCACUCAACGCCAUUGUGGCCCGAGAUGCGUCUGGCCGCCGAAGAGGCAGCUACGCUCUGCACGCCAACAGCGUGAGGAAGAGGGGGAUGUCCAUCCUCAGAGAGGUAGACGAGCAGUAUCACGCCUUACUGGAGAAGUACGAGGAGUUAUUGGGAAAGUGUAGGCGCCAUGAAGAGAGCCUCUGUCAUGCCGGCGUCCAGACCUCCAGACCUGUCUCCAGAGACCCGUCUAUGAAAGACUGUGCUAUGGGCCCCACCCCAGCACCUCCACCUACACCCACCCAGUCCCCCUCCACACCUGAAGCCAUUGAGAGCAUCAGCAAGCAGGUGGAGGCAGUGGAUAAGCGUCUGGGACAGAACACUCCAGAGUACAAGGCCCUUUUUAAAGAGAUCUUCUCUCGUAUCCAGAAGACCAAGAUGGACAUCAAAGCUACCAAAGCGGCUAAAGCUAGCAAGUCUGGCAAGUCUGGUAAAUCUAGUAAACACUAAGACGUUCAUGAGAGGAAAGGCAUGCUCUGUUACAGUGUGGUGCGCUGAGAUUUGAGAAGAGAGGCUUAUAGAAGCUAGAAUUCAGAGCAAUUAUCUCAAAGAUUUCCACUGCAAUAGUCUGAUAAACAGAGGAGGGGAUCUGUCCUAACACUCUUUAACACACUUUCAUGUAAAGUGAUGAGUCUCCUAAAUGAGUCAACAAGGUUUCUGUGACAGAACAAGCUGAAGUAAUGAUGUGACUGAGAAAGGUUUCACAUCCGGUGUUGUUGCUAACACAAAGUAAUCCAUUAGAGUACUCAGAUCAAUGUUUUGGGAUGAGUGUUCCUGUUUAGGUUGAUGGCACAUCUUUGAAAAUAAGUGAUAUUUACAACCAACAUUUUGCCUUUGAAAUUCUGCCUAUAUCAGGUGUAAAUAUUGGCCUUAUAAACAAGUAAGUUAGUGAAGUUGUAGGUUGGACCAACAGACCUACUUCAGAUAAAGUCUUUUUCUUUAAUUAUCAUCAUUGCUUAAACUUUAAAGUGUUUUAAGGACUGAAAUGUGUUCAUUCUUAAACUUUAAAUUGCGUGUCUAAGAACUGAAAGUUAGGUCAGAACUACUUUGAAAUAUCUGUAUUGACUAAAAUUAUCAGAAAACAUCAGUAUAAAUCCAAUAUUGUACAUGCCUUAAAAGUGUAAGGAACGAUGACAGAUACAGAAAAGUUGUCAGCUGAUGUAGGUCUGUUGGUCUAGCCUAAAACUCCACUAAAGCCGGGUAUACACUGUGUGAUUUCAAGCCGACCAUAUGACAGUCGUGGCAGCAUAUCAACUCAGACUAUACAACUGAAUUGCUUACGACGCACAACCAUCAUCUGGUUCUCCGGGAAGGACUAUGACAGAAAACCGCAGAGUUUCCUUUUUAAAAAGUCUCACACACUGAGGGUGAAGUGUUUCUAGUCAUAUUCUCUCUUUCCCCCCCUUUAUCUUUUCUGUGUCUCUCCCCCCAGCUCUCUCUCUCUCUGCUACUACCUCUCUCUAUCUCACACACAAACAGCGUCACCACCCAGGCAUGAAUAUUUCCUACUCCUGUAUGCCCUCUAUCAUGGAGGGGUUGGGGCAUCAGAAACUAAUUUAGGACGUUGUCUGACAGUUUACAAAGGAAAAACAAUCCCCUAAAGUUGUUAAUUCUGCUUGCGUUUCUGCUCUCACUGUAAAGUAUCUGGAGUUAUAUGACCAAAAUAUCAAACAUGCCAGAAAUCCAUCGGACCAGUCAGGAGCAGGUCGUAGUCGGGUUGUAGUUGGCCGUCGUACCUCCCUGUACACAGUAUGACAAACAACGCCCAAUCCGACUGAAUGUCGGCCUGACUUUAAAGUGAGUCAUGCAACUCAAAAUUCCUGGCUGAAUCGGAGGAAAACCGUACAGUGUAAACCGGCUUAACUUAUCUCUUCAUAAAUCCAAUAUUUACAGCUGAUAUUAGCAGAUUUUAAUGGACAUAAUAUUGGUUGUAAAUAUGGGCAAAAAUCUUUAUAUCUGCCGAUUCUUCUAUCAUGCUGAUAAUAUCAUACAUCCCUAAUUUCUUGCAAAACAAAAGUACUGUAAUGCAUUACUUUCAUUGCUAUUGAAUACAGUAAUGUGACAAGUAACUUUUAAAUGCCAGUAAUCUUGUAACCACUUUAAAUUGUUACCCAACACUGGUUGAUGUCUCACAGUUAAAACGGCUUAAAUAUCUUAACUCUGCUCUUCACCAAUGUGCCUGUGAUCACGGCAUCUCAGUGUAGGAGCUGCAAAACUUAGAUCUGAUUUAAAGUCCCUGUAAAGUGAUGAAAAGAAUAUCUGUAUUUUAGGGUUGUUGUAUGACAGGUCACUGUGUUAUGAACUACUAGGCCAAAUUUCAGUCAUGAAAAACACAACUAAGUUUAUAAAACCAAGCUUCAAAAUUGUGAAGAAUGAGGCUCUUGGAUGGUGAGGGCGGGUCUGUUGAAUGGGCUGAAGCCACGCCCACUCAGGACAAAUAUGAUCCUCUCAGAUUUUAAAAAAUGUUUCUGAUCAGAGCAGCUGCCUGGCUCUGUGCUAGAGCAGAGACAGAAGUCUGAGGUUAAAUUUACUGUUUUCUGGCACAAAUCUGUCUGUUAUGAUAUUUUUAAUGAACUGUAGGCCAACUGGCUGUUAAUUCUCAUUGAAGGAACUGACAUCAGCAAACAACAGACUGUAUUGAGAUGAACUGCUCGGUGAUUUUAUGUCAUGCACGCCUUUGGGGGCGGGGUUAUUCUCCACAGAGACUGUUGAGGUCAUGGGCUCAAAUAAAACCCAGCCAGGAAAGAGGUGAAAAAGUUUCUACCAGUCUAAAUCCAAAAUUCAGUUACAUGUAGAUCUCAGUGUUAUUACUUGCUUACAGCAAUCUUAUUCCAACAUAUCUAGUGUGUUAAAACACAAAGUUUGGAUUUCACUUUACAGGGACUUUAAGAUAACAAUGCCAAGUUAAAUCCAAGUUACAACAUCUAGCCAACGGAAACGAAACAGUGAACCCUCCUCAUAAUAACCACUUAUUCAGUGUCUCUAUCAAGUACACAAAUGCAAUAAAACUGGUUUUACUGUCUUGUUGCACGAACCACAGCGGCACAGUUUUAACAGCCUGCUUUUCAUAAGCCUCAGUGCACAAACUGUCAGAGCUUCACCACUACAAGAACUGCACCACUGAUGAAAAUAGGAGUGGAAAAGAAUAUUAACUGCAUCUUUUGUUUUUUUUUUUAUUGGACUAUACUAACAUAUAAAAUUAGAGUAAGUUAGAAAGUGAUCCUCUCAGGCCACAGUGCUGUCUGCCUCAAGAUUAACCUAGAGGUGCUAAUCAUCCACACAUUACAUAUUUCACUAUACAAAUGAAAGCAGAAGAUUUAAACACACCCCUAGUCUUCAUGUCUACUCUCCUGUACCGGUGUCUGUGUUUGACCUUACAACUGCUUUUUUUUAAUGUUUGCAGUGCCUCCCUCACCCUUUAAUCUAGAGAUGUUGAGGAAAAUGUUUCACCUCAGAGCUAAAUAAGUAGAUUGUCUUGUCUGUAUUGUGAAAAUGAAACUGCAGUCAGUUAGCCACUUAGCCUAGCAAAGUGUGAGAAGUGGGAGAGAGGAAACGGCUUUAUAACUUUGAUGGUGAUGGGUGUAAAGAUUGCAACUCAAGAGCAACAAAAAGGGGAAAAAUGAAAAAGAAUUAAACACAGGAGAUGCUCCUAAUAGAUUAAACUGACACCCCAGGAUGACAGCUGGUGGCGCCACGGAGCUGGAUUAAAGGCAAGAGGAAAACAUGUAUGAAAUAAGCACCUCCUCUCUUCACUGUGUUAAAGUCACUUUGGCUCUGUUAUGAGUGAUAAAGUUAGUCUCUAAUGGACUCCUGCAGCCAACAGCAGCAGCAGAAACAAUGCUAGUUAAGAUAUAAGAGGCAUUUAUUUAUAGUAGUGAGUGAAACCUGCAGUAUAGACUAUAGCUUAGAUAGUUAGACCUGUGUUUGACUGUGUAAGAGUGAAGAUCCCACUUUGAAAAAAGGCUGCUGUCUUGCAAAAGACAAUCGCUGGAGAUUAUUGUCACUAUUUCCUGGGCAUUAUGAACACUCAUCAUAGAGAAGAUAAACAUCCUGGAGUUUCUAGUAAGAUCGCAGACAUUUUAAAUGUUGGAGAAAUAGUUUGUUCCUCAUGCAAUACAUAGACAAGAACAUGAGAAAUGACAGAGGCACAAAAGCCAAACAGGUAACUGAAAAAGGCGGCGUCAAGGAUCUCGAUCCUUUUGAAGAAAACGCAGUGAAAUGUAUUUAACAGUGGUGAGGAAUUUUGUCCCAGGGCCCUUUUUUAUACAAGUGUUGUUUACUAAUAGCUAGAUUCACAUUGUACAGUAGAACUGCAACCAGUAUAAGGCUUUAAACCAGGGCUUUGUCUAACACCUAGCAGUCUUACCAAACUAUAAACUAACCUGCAAAUAUAUUGCACCUUUUUUACCGCAUACAAUACCUAUGCCUUCUUCUGACUAACAAAUAAGCCUUGGUUUAUGUUGUCGAAUGUUAUUAUAGCUCAUUUCUUAUGCGGUUCUUGAGCAGAGUUGAAGUCGUAGCCACGUUUGAGAUGUUUCACACAUGAACAGAGCAGACGUCUGAGGGAGUUCAUGUGCAUUAAAGACAGAAGGAUGGAUGUUUGGCUGGAAUAUGGUUUGGGAAUCAGGGAGGAAUCUUGACGAGGGUUUUUUCCCCUGUUGCAGCAAAGAAUGAUGUUUGAAAACUGUGAUGUUUGAAGUGCAUUUAAGGUUGAUUCUCAUUGAACUCUAAAGCAAGUGAAAGGAGGACUAUGUGUUGCCAAACCAGAGCCCUUCAUCACUGAUAAAGGCUCACAGGGUUUCUGUACUGUAUUGUCUUACCUUUUGCACUUGAAAGUGUUUGUCGCCUCAUUUUUGCAUUCUUAGAAUAGCUCAUAUAAAACUGUACAUGUGUAUUUAUUUGCAAGUGAAUGUUUUUUUUUUUAACUUUUCAGUGCCUGUAUGUGAAUGUCACUAACAAACCGUCAGAAUAAACCUAUUUAAUUUACUUUUUUUACCCAGUUUAAAUGUGUGUAUUAUUAGUUAAUAAAGAUAUUGGAAUCAGA